AUGGCUGGUCUCAACAUAUGCACUAGUGGAAGUGCCACCUCGUGUGAAGAAUGUCUGCUAAUCCACCCAAAAUGUGCCUGGUGCUCCAAAGAGGACUUUGGCAGCCUGCGGUCGGUCACCUCCCGGUGCGACUUGAAGGCAAACCUGGUCAGGAACGGCUGUGGCGGCGAGUUUGAGAGUCCGGUCAGCAGCACCCAGGUCCUGCGGAGCCUGCCUCUCAGCAGCAAGGGCUCCAGCCCAGUGGGGUCAGAUGUCAUCCAGAUGACACCGCAGGAGGUCACGGUGAACCUGCGGCCCGGUGACAAGACUACCUUCCAGCUGCAGGUUCGACAGGUGGAGGAUUAUCCAGUGGACUUGUACUACCUGAUGGACCUCUCUCUGUCCAUGAAGGAUGACUUGGACAACAUUCGGAGCCUGGGCACCAAGCUUGCCGAGGAGAUGAGGAAACUCACCAGCAACUUCCGCUUGGGGUUUGGGUCUUUUGUAGACAAGAACAUCUCUCCUUUCUCCUACACAGCGCCAAGGUACCAGACCAACCCGUGCAUUGGCAGUCAUAGUUUUGUUCCUCUCCUCCCUUCCUCAACCGACCCCAUCAACCGAGACAGUAAACACCUGAAGUCCGAAGCCAUGGACCAGCACAGCACAGAAGGUUACAAGCUAUUCCCAAACUGUGUCCCCUCCUUUGGGUUCCGCCAUCUGCUGCCUCUCACAGACAGAGUGGACAGCUUCAACGAGGAAGUUCGGAAGCAGAGGGUGUCCCGGAACCGCGAUGCCCCCGAGGGCGGCUUUGAUGCAGUGCUCCAGGCGGCUGUCUGCAAGGAGAAGAUCGGCUGGCGAAAGGACGCGCUGCACUUGCUGGUGUUCACAACGGAUGACGUGCCCCACAUCGCGCUGGACGGAAAGCUGGGUGGCCUGGUGCAGCCUCAUGACGGCCAGUGCCACCUGAAUGAGGCCAACGAGUACACUGCCUCCAACCAGAUGGACUAUCCAUCCCUUGCCUUGCUUGGAGAGAAACUGGCAGAAAACAACAUCAACCUCAUCUUUGCAGUGACGAAGAACCAUUAUAUGCUCUACAAGAAUUUUACAGCCCUGAUACCUGGAACAACGGUGGAGAUAUUACACGGAGACUCCAAAAAUAUAAUUCAACUGAUUAUCAAUGCAUACAACAGCAUCCGGUCUAAAGUGGAGCUGUCCGUCUGGGAUCAGCCUGAGGAUAUUAAUCUUUUCUUCACUGCUACCUGCCAGGAUGGUGUAUCUUACCCUGGUCAGAGGAAGUGUGAAGGCCUGAAGAUCGGGGACACAGCGUCCUUUGAGGUGUCGGUGGAGGCCCGGAGUUGCCCGGGCAAACACGCGCAGCCCAUGUUCACCCUGCGGCCUGUGGGAUUCCGGGACAGCCUGGAGGUGGGGGUCACCUACAACUGCAGGUGCAGCUGCAGCACUGGGCUGGAGCCGGACAGCGCCAGGUGCAGCGGCAACGGGACUUACGUCUGUGGCAUGUGUGAGUGCAACCCCAGCUACCUGGGCACCAGGUGCGAGUGCCAGGAAGGGGAGAGCCAGAGCGGGUACCAGAACUUGUGCCGAGAAGCGGAGGGCAAGCCCCUGUGCAGCGGACGCGGUCAGUGCAGCUGCAACCAGUGCUCCUGCUUCGAGAGCGAGUUUGGGAAGAUCUACGGGCCCUUCUGCGAGUGCGACAACUUCUCCUGCGCCAGGAACAAAGGAGUCCUCUGCUCAGGUAGGCACCCCCGCAAGCACUUGUGCUCUGAGCCAGGCACCGGCCUGGGUGCCGUUUGGACAUCCCCAAAGCAUGCCUUUUACUUACUGCCACAGUCCUCCUGGGAAAAGACAAGGGCAAGCCUUGGGGGUGGGACCAGUGUGUCGAAUACAAAAGCAGGAGAUGGCACUGCUGCGUGAUGUGGACUCUCAGAGUUGGAGGGGUCGGCCGUGGGUCACCCAGGACUUAACCACACAGCAUUCCUGACACACAGGUGAUCAGCCUCUUCUGGAUUGCCUCUGGGGACAAGGCGCUCCCUGGGGCCAGAAGAGGUUAUUCCCUUGUUAGACAUCCCAUUCGUCUCCUA